AUGAUUGUUAUUUUAGAGGCGAAUGAAAGUUUUGGUGCUCAAUGGAAGGCUUAUGCAGCAAUCGCUUGUCUAGUAUUGACUAUGAUCUUGUGUGCAUUGCUAUUCUUCAAAUUCACAAAUAAUGUAAAAAUUGCGUUAAUCCUGAUAGGAUUCAUAAUUGUCUUAUGGUCUGCAGCUAUCUGUUUUAUGUGUUGCCGAGAGCCUAAUUUUAAAUUCAAACCAGUGUUGAUGAUAGUUCUGAUAUCUUUAUCGACGACUUUUCUGAUAACUGGAUCAGUUUUGUUUUAUGUAUACUUUAGUGACAUGAGAUAUUCUGAAUUGGCUGGUGGCUUAUGGAACACUUACGUAGUUAUAAUGGCUCUAGUUUUUGCCAGCUCAUUGAAAUAA